GCCUGUAAUUUUAAUGCAUUUUAAUGUAUUUUUCACUUAGAUUAAAGAAAAGCGAUACGAAACGAAUAGUAAAUAAUAUUGCCGAAUAAAGCGAACUGUGGAUCACCAUUUUUAAAUUCAGAGAGAAAAUUCGGCAUUAUUCGGCAAAUUAAAAAUUAAUCCCAUAAUAGGUAUGUAAAGCAGUUAAGCAACAGACUAAUAUACGAAGUCUCAGACACAAGCAGUUUUAAACCAGGUUUUCACAGGUAUGAUUUGGACAGCACUUAUCACGAAUUUGUAUACUAUAAUAUUUAUAUUCCGGUAUAACGUGAUCUGAGAUCCCUUCCCCGCAGCCGCUCGCAAACAGGUCUUAUUAAUGGUUUUAACGCUAAGGCACGAUGACCACAAAGUUGAAUCUUCCUAUUUCCUCGUGUAUAUUUUGACUUAACGUUUAACUAACCGUUUAGUCUUAAACUUUGCUUUAGCUCUGUUUAGUCUUAAACUUUAAUGGUCACUCUAGUCGUCAAUGUUACCGUGUACAGAGUCGUCUAAAGUGAUAAGUGAAGAUGCGUGUGGUCGUGUGUGUCGUGCUUCUUGUUGUGGUUUUUAACUUUGUUUGUGGACAAGAAGAUGUAGAAACAGGAGACAACCUGCAGUACCAGUUCUUCCCGGUGGUGGGGAGCUCACUGCAGUUCAAAGUGCGCGCGCACAACGAUGCCCACAUCGCGCUGUCAUUGCAUCCAACGGAGACGGAUCCUCUGUAUGAGGUUGUCAUCGGAGGCUGGGCCAACAAAAAAAGCGUGAUCAGGAAGAGAGUUUGCUCAUUUCACGAAAAAGAUGCAAAGCCGACACCUCAAUACCUCAGCGAGGAUAUGUUCCGCGGUUUCUGGGUGCAUUGGGACAGUGGGAUAGUGUCAGUUGGGCGCGAGGGCGAGACAAACGCGUUCCUUUCAUGGCGUGACAAUGAGCCGUUCUCUAUUGCCGCUGCAGGAGUGCAUACUGGAUUUGGGUCAAAGGGGGUCUGGAAGUUACAAAAUGCGUCUUCUGAAGAUAUUAACGUAAGAAAUGAAGAUGGACAUGAUCAAUUAGAAGUGAAAACUGAAGAUAGUACUAAGUACCAGUUCUUUCCGGUGUCGGACAAUAUGCUGCGCUUCAAGGUGCGCGCGGGCAGCGAUGCUCAUAUUGCGCUCUCGAGCCACCCGUGGGAGUCCGGACCAAUGUAUGAGAUCAUUAUUGGCGGUUGGGCAAACUCUAAAAGCGCAAUCCGACGAAGAUAUUGCGAGCAGCAAGAGAAGGACGGUCUCCCGACGCCUCAGGUCUUGAACAAAGAUGAAUACCGUGGGUUCUGGAUGAAAUGGGACAAUGGCAUCGUUCAGGUCGGGAAAACCGGGGAUGCCAGUCCGUUCUUGUCGUGGCAUGACCCUGAUCCUUUCAAGGUCGCUUACGUGGGAGUUCACACUGGUUUCGGGUCAACUGGCACUUGGAAAAUCGAUAAUGUCCCCUCUGACCCCAGUAAUAUUGAUAAUGAUGUGUUUACGGAAGAUAACGUGCAAUACCAAUUCUUCCCCGUGUACGGCACCUCGACAAAGUUUAAAGUACACGCGCGAAACGACGCCCACAUCGCUCUCGCUUCCAUACCCCGGGAAUCUGGACCCAUGUAUGAGAUCGUUAUCGGAGGAUGGUCGAACACAAAAAGCGUAAUAAGAAGAAGAACCUGCUUUCCAUGGGAGAGAGAAGAAGUCCAAACCCCGAAUAUUUUGGGCGGGAGCGAAUAUCGCGGCUUCUGGGUUAGGUGGGAAAGUGCCACGAUCCUGGUGGGGCGACAGGGCGAGGCCAAGCCCUUUAUGACUUGGCUUGACCUGGAACCUUUGCCGGUAUCAUAUUUCGGAGUGCAUACAGGCUUUGGAGCUGCUGGCUUGUGGGAGAUUGAUAAUUUACAAAGCGGCGAUGGAAGAAAAUCUCUCUUAUCUACGGGUGAUAAUACAGAGUAUCAGUUUUUCCAAAUUACGGGUCGGUCAGUGACCUUCAAGGUGCGGGCAAACAACGAUGUCCACGUCGGUCUUUUCUCAGAACCCCGAGAAACGGACCCCAUGUAUGAGAUUGUCAUUGGAGGUUGGGGAAAUACAAAGAGCGUAAUAAGAAAGAAAUAUUGCCAUCAAAAAGUUGAAAAGGACGAAGUUUCAACACCAAAUUACUUAAAUGAAUAUCAGUAUCGAGGUUUCUGGGUGCGCUGGAAGAAUGGAAAAAUCUCUGUCGGACAGGAAGGCUCGAGUAGGCCGUUUAUGUCAUGGGACGAUUUAAACCCUCUUCGCGUGACCCAUAUGGGGUUACAUACUGGAUUUGGGUCUACUGGCAUUUGGAAGGUCACAAAUGAAUCUCGUAACAACGCUGAAGAACAUAUUGUGACUGGUGACAACAUUCAGUAUCAGUACUACCCGAUAUCAAGUACAUCGCUGCAUUUCAAAGUGCGGGCUCGCAAUGACGUCCAUGUUGGUCUUACAUCGGGGCCGCAGGACUCUGACCCUAUGUAUGAGAUCGUCAUUGGAGGGUGGGCUAACUCAAAGAGCGUGAUUAGAAAAAGAUGCUGCCUACCGCCAGAGAGAGAUGAAGUUCAGACACCAGAAAUUUUAGACGACGCCGGAUUCCGUACUUUCUGGAUGAGUUGGGACAAGGGAAACGUUAUGGCUGGGCGGGAGGGAGAAACGAGCCCCUUUUUGAAGUGGCAAGACCCUAAUCCAUUCCCUGUGAGCUAUUUGGGCGUGCACACUGGUUUUGGUUCUAGUGGAACUUGGAAACUUGGAUCUUCGACAAUUGAUGAUCGAGUUAGCCACAAACCGGUAGUAAUCCCCCUUGUGCUGCCAGCGGAAACUCCAGCGCCGGUUGUGUGCGCGCCGACGCAAACGCGCUUAUUCACGGGCACGGCCUGCGCAGGGCAGGUCGUCUUCGAAGAGAACUUCGACGCUCUGCGAGAAGAAGUGUGGCAGGUCCAGCAGUACGUGCCCAUUGAUCACCCUGAGCUUCCUUUCGUAUCAUACCAACGCUUCACUGUUUCCGUGAAAAAUGGGUACCUCCGCAUUACACCUGCAUUGCAGCAGGUCCAGCCUGGUUUCACUUACUACAGUUUAUAUGGCUCUUUGGAUCUAUAUAAUGGAUGUACAUCGGGACAGUCUUCUUCGUGCCACAUAGAAGCUAGCGAUGACUCGUCCAUUUUACCACCGGUGGUGGGAGGUCGUGUUACUAGCAAAUCCAGCUUCGCUUUUACAUAUGGUAUCAUCAGUGUUCGAGCAAAAUUACCUCAAGGCGAUUGGAUUUACCCAGAAAUAUUGCUAGAGCCGCUGUUAAAGAAAUUUGUCUAUGGAACUAAGAACUCGGGGAUGCUGAAGAUAGCGUGUGCACGGGGAAAUCUAGAUCUCACAAAAGGCUCUACUCAGUUUGGAAAUAAGGUACUAUAUAGCGGACCUGUUAUAGACACAAAAUGUCACAAUGCGUUGUUUAUCAACAAAGCAUCUAAUAAGUAUUGGGGUGACGAUUUCCACGUGUACUCCGUGAAAUGGACCCCGGAGAGUUUAAUCAUGUCGGUGGAUGGUGAGGAGUACGGUCGCAUCGAGCCAGGGAGAGAUGGCCUCCGCGCGAGUCUGCCUAAGAUCUGCGCUGGUCCGCAACAAUCGGGCAUGGCGCCAUUUGACGACCACUUUUAUAUAACCCUAGGAUUGGCAGUCGGAGGCCACACAGAGUUCCCCGACGCGUGCGUUUCAAAGGACCACAAGAAACCGUGGAAGGACCGCGCGUCGAAGGCAACCCUGAACUUCUGGAACGACAUUGACACCUGGCACGAUACAUGGGAACUGCCAAAGCUGCUGGUCGACUACGUGAAAGUUGUCGCGUUGUGAUUCAUAAGAACUUUAGAAAGAGUUGGCCUAGAAGAAGGUACUUUGAAGAUAUGUUAAAUUUUAAAUUCGUAAUAUAAUGUUAAUCAACUUCAAUAUGUUCUAUGUUCAACAUGACGAUAUACUGCCUACGAUACAAUUAUCGCCAGUCAUGUUACUAGUAGUGCACAACGAUCGCCAUAGUGGGUUUACGCCUUUAUUUAAUGCUCGUAAUUAUUAAGUAAUUUUACAAAUAUAUUGACUUAUCAAAUUA